AUGGCCAGAGAGAUAAGAAAGUUAACCUUAGCCAAGGUCCAGAGCCAGCCAUCUUUAGUCUGUGAUUUCUGUGGAAUGGGUCAUCCAACACAUGAGUGUCAGGCCUCGACUACAGAUGAAAUGGGCACAACUAUUAGAGAACAGGGCACGGCCAUUCGAAACUUGGAAAGACAGGUGGGGCAACUAGCUAAUCUAUUAUCUGAGAGGGUUCUAGGAACUCUCCCUGCUGAUAGUGAGAGAAAUCCAAAAGAGACAAUAAAUGCAGUGUCUUUGAGGAGUGGGCACGUAUUGGAGGAUCCCAUAGCAAAACAAAAGAAUGAGUUGAUUGAAAGACAGGUAGAGAUUGUGGAGGAGCAGAAAGAUAGCACAUUCAAGAAGGUGCUUGUUAAUCUGACAUUCACAGAGGUGCUCUCUCAGAUGCCAGCUUAUGCUAAAUUCUUGAAGGAGAUAUUGUCCAAUAAGCAAAAAGUGAAAGAGACACCGGUUGUUAAUCUCACAGAGCACUGUAAUGCCAUUCUUCAAAAUACGCUCCCUCAAAAGAAAUUGGAGGGAGAGAUUGGAGAAAUAAGAUCUAUACAUGUGUCCUUGUAUCUGGCGGAUCAGACCACAAUCAUACAGGAAAAUAUAGUGGAAAAUAUGCUAGUUUGGGUAGAUAAAUUUGUGUUCCCCGUGGACUUCAUCGUGGUGAAUAUGGAAGAGAAUAGGGAGAUACCUAUGAUUUUAGGGAGACCCUUCUUGGCUACUGGUAGAGCGAUUUUGGACAUUCAAGAAAGGCAGCUCAUGCUCAGAGUGGGGUAA